UGUUGUUUAGAGGUGUGAAAUCUUUGGCUGUGAUGACAGGCCGACUAUGGUGAGGUAUCUUGGACUUGAUUAUCUCGCUCUGAUAAAGUUGGAGAAGAGAAGAUUGUUCCGCCAAGCCUGUUUAUCUGUACCAGGGACCUGUGAUGAAGUCUGCUCGGACCAAUGUCUAAACAAAAUCAGAUCUCCCUGGCGGGAAGCAAAGUUAGAUGCCACCAUUUUAUUGGGGGACUCUAAUCCACCGGUGGACAGCCUGUUCUCAGAACUCGACUCUCUCAAGUCAUGUCAUCUGGAGCCUUAUGGGAGGGAGGGGCCCAGUCUGAGGACUUCCUCCUCACCCCAUGUUCAGAGGACAGAGGAGGAGAUUGAGUUUGAGGACCGGGGCUAUCCCAGUGAGGACCUGACACUGUACGGAGAUGAGGACCUGGUAUGGUACGGAGACUUUGAUCUGACAGACACUGUAGUCACUGAGGAGGAGGGAGCUAAGGAACCUUACACUGAAGAAUUCCUUACUGAGUCAAAUUAUUCUGAUGAUUUAUUUGAGGAGAUCAUUGUUGAUGUUGAUCCUAUUGCCCCACACCUCGACUCACCGAAGACACUUAUCAAAGGUCUUCAACCCCUCCCUCUACAGGACCCACUACUGCAACCGAGGGAGGAGGAAAGGUGUGAUCUACCUGAACUUAGUACUGUGCAUGACAAAAGCCACAAACAUCCAGAAGAACAAUUCAUCAAAGUAGACCUAUAUCAAGAAAACAUCAUGGAGCCUCCACUGGUUACACCUGGAGAGUUUGAACACCAGGAGAUAUCUAUAUCAAGCCUGCAUCAGCUGUCUCCUCUUCCUUUAGAUGAGCAUUUGGAGGCUACCACAAUAAAGAGUGAGUUGGAUGAUAAGUCCAUGCUAGAGAGUCUGGUAGUGGACAGACAGGACAACUGUUAUACCUCCAGAGAGAUCUCAAAUGAAAAGUUUGAACUGAACCAAGAGUAUGAUGGAGAGAUCGUGUGCCCUGGGACUGAGAUCAUUGGUCUGGAGUCACCACUGCUACCCACAGCAGUGUGUGCCAUGCUUCCAUCUAUCGGAAAACUUGCACCCUUACCACUUCCAAAAAGGUCAGAUUUUAUGUUACUCUCACGAGGAACCUUGAGCCACCAGCUGAUACAGUCAGAUGUCAACUUUGACCUCAGAUGUAUAGAAAAAUGUAGAUUCUCUGAGCCAGUAAUGGAGAGUGUGGAGUAUCUCCACAUGGAGAGACUACACAGAGAGUGGAGGGAAGUCGCUGUACAGAAGUGGAACGGGUGGAGAGUGGAGUUAAAUCUGUCAUGGAACAUCCACCCCCCACCUGAGGACAGACUGGAUCAGAAUGAGGCAGUUGUCAAGUACAUAAAUGAGAAGAAACAAAGAAACAUAGAUGACCUAGAGAAAUUUUACAUGAAAGAUUUACUGGAGUUAUCUCCCUUAAAUUCCUUGAAUGAUUUUCAUGAAGACUUGGAAAUUUCAAUUAUUGAGCAUGCUGACCAUAAAUUGACACAUUUAGAGCACAGUGGACUAAUGGGUUAUAUUAACCAUUUUAGCACCCCCAAAAACAAACAAAGCAAAGACAGAAAAUCAGAUGACUGGCCUAUGGAUUCCUUAUCAUUAUCAAGCCCCCAAAAAACUUUUGAAGUUAACAAUGAAAAUGAAAAAGAUAAACACCAGUCAUCUGUUUAUACUGAGAAUAAGUUACAGGAGGCCAGAACUGAAGUCUCCUCAGUGGAAACUCAAAGCCUAGAGGAGACCAGGAGUUCAGAGGAGAAAAUCAUAACAUUUACUACCUCCAGCAGUGAUGAAUGCAUAGCAUCUGUAGACCAGAACAUUGAUAAACUCGCAAUACCUGUGGCUGACAUCCCUAAAAGAAGUAAAGGCCCGAUGGCCUGGACCACAGUGGGACUGGGAACACCUGUUACUCAGAGUUCAGACAGAGUAAGAUCAGUAAUGCUGGAAUCCAACAGCCCUAAAGAGUUCAGGACACUCGGAUCAGUAAUACCUGAAUCUCACAGCCCUAAAGAGUUCAGGACACUCAGAUCGCUACAGGAUCCUUUUAUGGAUUCUCCUCCACUAUUCAGCACUGCUAGGGACAAGGCGCAGCCUCUAAAUAAUAAAUGUGUGACAAACAAGGAAACUCGGAACCAGCAUAUACAGCAUGUUGAUGAAUACAGUCAUCAGAACACUGACCUUAAUAGAACCAACAGACUAGUGUCACAUAAACAAAGUAUGCCAAUAGAUUCUCAAUCUGACAAGAGUAUAAAGGAUAGGCUGACUAUGGGACCAGUAAGUGAUGGGAUUAAUUCAAAUCAAAUGUUUGAUGGUAAUCAGUCAGUGAAGAGAGCUGACAGUUGUCAGGUGGCUGGGGCUGACUCUCAUAGCAGUCAAAGUGUACAGACCAGUGCAAUAGUGAAUAACUCUGUAGAUACACAGAAUAGUAGGAGAGAGGGUGAACCUAAGGAUGUACCACGGAAAAGUCCAAAAAUCAGACCUCCGAAAACAAGGACUAAAUGUAUAGAUUACCAAUUAGAAGGAGAAUAUGAACAAGUUGCCAAUCUGAUUGCUGAAUAUGCCUCCUUUUUCAUCAUGGCCUUGGUGAACAGUGGUGACCUUGACAAAUCCGUGUCCUUCACCUCACUGACCCCUGACGCCACAAGAUACCUAGUCAAGGAGGUCACCAGUCAGCCACAGAAACCACACUAUGAAGAAAGGUACCGUUCCUGCCUGGCAUUACAUACACUGUGUUGUGCUGUGGAGAUGCUUGGAGUGGCUUGUCUUGAGUCCUGUCUGGAACUGUUGUCUAUCAUACAAGAAAAGUACAAAAACUGUCUUAAAGGCUGUUUAGAGACCCUCAGACAGAGACUGUUUUCUGUGAAGCUGAGGUAUGACCAGGAGAGAAUCCUGCAUCCUAAGAUUUACCAUGUCUGUCUGUCUGUCCAUAAGAAGCUGACAGGAAAAGAUACAGAGAGACUAAGUCACACUAAGAUACUGGUGAUUUUGAGUAAAGAUUUGGACAGUUUGUUUAGCACUCUGGAGCUGAAUUUACAGAGAGUGGUCAAAGUCAAGGUUUGUGUGCAGAACACAGGGGACUGUCAGGGUAUACUAGACAAUCUUGACCAUUGUAACUGCAUGUUGUUACACCAGGAUCGUAUUGGUUCUGACUUCCCCUGGUCCCAGUUCUCCCUGAUUAUAGAGUAUGAAGGAGACAGAUUCUUACAGCUGUGUCAGAGACAAAAUAUCAAAUACAUACACUUCUCAUAUACCCCAAUAGCUGCCAGGACAGGUGCAUGUAAAAGUAUUCCAAAAGUGAACAUGACAAUCAUGUGUUCUAACACAGUACCAGAGGGCUUGGUUCACCUUUUAGAAUCUAAGUAUGGUGUGACCUGUAUCUUCAGAAGCCCUGGGGUGGGGCUGACCCUCCCUUACAUUAUGAUAGAUGAAGUAACUUGUGUGGUCAUGUAUGAUGUGUCUGUGGUUGGUAUGGACUUUUCCACUCUGCUGUCAGAGUUAUCCUUCCUGUCUCAACAAUUCCGAGACACUCUUAUCAUUGCCAGCACCCAGAACUUUAAUCAGCCUCAAUUAAAAUUAAGGCAACAUCAACAAAAGUUCAAUUUCUUUUUGCGACAAGCUGUCUCUCAAGUAGCUGAUCUACAGUAUAAGGUGAUGGCUAGUAACAGUCUCCCUAUGACAGCUGAGAUUGUGGCCAGGUUUUGUCAGAUGGUCCUGUCAUCAGAUGACCAGAACUGGAUGUCUGCCUCUCCAUCACAGGAGGAACAGUUUUUGACAAGUAUACCUUGUAUCAAUCCUAUUUUAGCUCAGAAGUUGCUUCAGAUUCUUGACCUACAAUCUAUCCUGGACCUUCACCCAGAUCAACUUUGCAGACUCUUUCCUGAUGUUCCAAAGAGAAUCAUUCAGAUGUUUUAUCAAGGUUUAGAGAAAUUAAAUGUAGAGAGCAAUGUAUUGGAGAAAGAAAUUAGUCAGGAAAUUCCCCAUUCCCCAUCAACACAUGCUAAAGAGGAAUCCUUUACAUCCCAUGAAAAAAUCCUUCCCAAUGAGCAAGAUGGUGGGACUCUCAAACACAUGUCUGAUUAUUGUCACGAGUCAGUCCCAAAUGUAGAGAAAGAUUCUGGUCUUAUUUCUACAUUCUCCCCUCCCAGCAAUUACUCUGGGACUGAUUUUGUAAGAAAUGUGCAAAGAGGAGUCCAGGAGGAGGUAAGCUGCUGUUUGGAGGACUUCAGUAGAACUGUUGAUGGACAAGCCAAGGAGCAAAUGGAAGGAUGCCGUCCAGGAGGGUAUUUAUCUGAAUUAUGUGGACCAACUGAUGUAGAUAUGUCUUACCUAUUCAAAAAAGGAAAUGUCAUGGGAAAAAGUCUUGCAGAACAGUCCUCUAAUUCUGAAGUAAAUUGGUUCCAAGAUGAUCUGACUCCAAGGGAAAGAUCAAGUGACUCAAUUGUGCAGAAUCGAAAUGAAGAAAAUUUCUUCUUUGGAAGGGAAACCCUAGAAAAUGAGCAACCUUACUCUCAGAUUAACCAAGUAUCUGACAACCUGAGGACAGAUGAUUGGAGUGUCAACUUUGAUGACGAUAUCCAAAGGAACUUAUUUCUUAGAAAUCAGCAUGGUUUAAAUUCUACCAAUGCAUGCAGACAUAAUAACUUACACACUUUUAAUACCCAUACUAGUGGUCAGGCGUCACAGAGUUUUCAUUCUUCAGAUGAAUUCAAUAAACAUGCAACAGAGGAUACUUUCCAAACAAAUAAAGGAAGUGGUCCAUUGGAUGAUAAAGGUUAUCACACAAUUGGUGGGAAUUUUAGGGACAGUCUCAUUGCUACAACUCGACAGUUACUAAAGCAGGCAAGCUUAUCAUCAAAUGACAAAAUAUUCCCAAGGUCCGGACCAAGAAGAGUCAGCAUAGGACUGGCAAGACCCCUACGACAGCCACAGAAUACAGAUCAUGUGACAACUAAAGAUGGUCCUCUUUCUGCCUCGUCAAACUCCCAGAUUUUAAGAAGUCAAGUACAGCUGAGGCAAAACACAACUCCUUACAACAAUGCAGAGGGCAGAAUACCAAGUAACACGAACUACUCUAUUGAUUCAGACUUUGGACAGUCCAGUACUUUAGGGUUAACUUUGAAGCAAAGACAAGGAGUUGAACAAGAUGGUAUACAUAAAGCUCCAGUACAACUCAGCAGCUACAGAACACCAUGUCAAAGAGACUGCACAUCAAGAUACUCAGGUGAUAAACCCUCAAUGCAGGGGCAGUAUGAGCCACAGUUUACUAGGCAAGGUGAUCUCUUAUUGGAGAAUGACAGGGGUCAGCUAGAGAGGUGGCCAGGGUACGACUCCCCACCAAUGGACAUCGAGUACGAUCCUCAACAGGAAACUGGCCAUGUAGAAGAUUUACAUUGCUUCAACAAAACUUCAGCAGGAUCACGUAAAAGAAAGUUGACUUAUGAAAGAGUCCCCAACUCCAAACAAAGCAAGAUUGUCUUCAAGUGUUUAUAAAAUUUACAAACAUAAAAAAAAAAUAUUUUUAGAUCCUAACAAUGUAUAUACACCGCCAGGACUUUUACAUCUAUAAGACAAAAUUCUGUACAAUGCUGAUAACCAAAGAUGAUUACUUAAUGAUUUAGAAUUGUGCAUUCUGUGUUUUGUUAAGAUAAAGUAUUGGGAAGAUUUAAUAUUAAAUGACAAAUAUUUCAAUCAAUAAAAAU